AACGUGCGCUGAUUGGCUGAACCGCCAAUGGACGGAUGCGUGCGCGAGAAGCAGCAAACUCCUGUGUGCAGGGAAACGCCACCGCCGCAGCCCCAUUAUCCAACACCAAUAGAAAAAACUCCAGAAACCAUUCAGGGAGUUCUGUGUGAAUGAUCAAAGCCUAAGAUCAACUCUGCUCAGAGGUCGCCGCCUAAAACAGAAGCAUUGGGACGGUUUUCCUCUGUGAGCUAGAAAGCGGACAGCCACUGUUGCUUGUAAAAAGUAACUGUUAAAAAGCAGACAUGGGAAAGAAGAACCAGAACCGUGAAGAAGAUGGAGCUGCUUCCUCAGAUGAGGAAGAGUAUGUGGUGGAGAAGGUUUUGGACAGGAGAGUUGUGAAGGGGCGUGUAGAAUAUUUCCUCAAGUGGAAAGGCUUUUCGGAAAAACACAACACUUGGGAACCAGAGAAGAACCUGGAUUGCUCUGAGCUUAUUGGAGAGUUCUUGAAGACGUACAAAAAAGGCAGCAGUGGGAGCACACCCACCAGUAAGACCCCCAGUACAGGCUCUUCUGCAGCCCGCUACAAGGACAGCAGUAGCAGUAGCAGCAGCAGCAAAAGGAAAAACUCCGAGGAGGAGAAUGGCAGUAGCAGCAAACCCAAGAAGAAAAAAGAGGAUGAGAUCCUUGUAGCAAGAGGAUUCGAGCGAGGUCUAGAGCCAGAAAAGAUUAUCGGAGCAACAGACUCCUGUGGAGACCUAAUGUUCCUUAUGAAGUGGAAAGACUCGGAUGAGGCAGACCUUGUGCUUGCAAAGGAAGCCAAUCACAAGUGCCCGCAGAUCGUCAUUGCCUUUUACGAGGAGCGUCUGACCUGGCACGAAGAUGGCGAGAAGAAAGAGAAAAGUGCCACGGCAGUUUAAAGGACAGAGAGGGGAGGAGGAUUAAAACUUAAAUCCUCCAAACCUUAUCCCCUGUGUCGCACCAGUGACACUCUUAUAGCCAACUUUUAACGAACCAUUUAAAAGAGGAACAGCCAGGUAGUGAAGGAGGUUACUGCCCAUCUUGACGGCCUCUGUCCAUGAAAUAGCAUCUCUGUCCAGACAACUUCUCAAGGCAUCUUCUGUUGAGCUUUAGGAAUGAUAGGUCCAGCAGUGGUGGAAUGUGAUAUUUUUCUCUUAUUCUCUCUGUUGUUCCUUUUGUUUUGUCAGGAUUUGUGUAUUCGUGCCCCUACAACUAUGUUCUUAUGAUGUGUUGUGUGCUAGUAUAGAUGUGCAACGAUAACCCUUACAUGUCAAAAGAUCUAACCAUUCACAGCGUUGAUUUUGUAGUAUUGCUCAACAUGGCUGACUCUCAGUUUUAUAUCUUUUUCCCUGGGUAAAGACGUGAUGGAUUUUGGAUGUUGCAUCCCAGUUUAUAUAACUUUUUCCACCUCUCCAUUUUUUCUGGUUAUUUGUCAAAUCAGAAUUUAUUUUAGAUGACUCUGUUUUUUUAUCUGUGUCAACAGUAGUUUCUCUAACGUGUAAAAGUAAAAUAACAGUUGCAAAAUUGUCCCUUUUUAGUCAGUCUUACCUUUUAACUAAUCAGUGUUUCUUAAGAAGGACAGACAAUCGUCUUCAUGCAAGAGUGAAAAGGGUGGUGAGUUUUUUUAACACAAUGUUUAUCCAUGGCAUUUCUUUGGUCAUGAGUCUAACAAUAAACUCCCUCUUGUGGCUGAUUCAGUGAACACAUUCCCAUCGUGGCUUCCUGAACCCAGAACUCUCUUCAUUUACAUGAUAGUUUCAGUGUAUGUCAGGUUCUUGUUUUACUUGAUAUAGUUGAAUCAAUAAAUUGGUGUUUAUCAAGGUCGACUGACCACACUAGAGUUUGAUUCUCAGUAGUGUGUUGUUUUCUUUGUGAAGCCACUGGACAUACGUUAAAGCUGAUGAUGGUCUACAUGAUUAUCCAUGUAUUAUUUACGAAAGGGAAAUGGUAGGGAUGCAGUCCACUUUGACAGCAGUCAUUUAUUUUCAAAGGUUUCAUUUAUUGAGAUUUGAGAAUUGUUUGUGAAGGGAGGGAAAGUUUCAAAACAGGGUUAUCUGUGUAGUUUAAAACAAGUUUUUUUAGGGGUGGUAUGGUUUUUGUCACAUUCCCUGCCAUGUUCACUUAUAAAGAUUUCUCAUUUCUGGUAGUUUUUAAUAUGUGAAUCAUUAGAUGUCUUUUACAAUGUUAUGUGCACAUUCUUUUUAUGUCUUGUACCAAAUUGUAGUAAACGUUUUCAACACUAACCGUUGAAAAUUAUAUGGAAACCUAAACCCCUGGAUCUUUGACUGAAGUCAUGUGAAAUAAAUUUAAUCUUUACUGUA